CAUUCUUGCUCCAACUCUUGAUAUGGUGGAAUCAAUCAAUCAAUAUAUGAUUUCUCUCAAUCAAAAUCUUGAGAAAUCAUAUUUGAGUUCCGAUAACAUUUGUGGCUCUGACCAAACUUAUUCAGCUUUGGAACAU